AUGGCGUCUUCAGGCUACUACCCUUAUGAGCCUAGUAAUGCAGGUGCUAUAAUUGCGAUGCUGUUGUUCGGGGCAAGUGCAUCUGUUCAUCUUUGGCAAAUGAUAAAGACAAGAACGUGGUUUUUUACCGCUUUUCUCAUCGGUGCUUUUAUGAUGACGCUGGGCUAUAUAUUCCGAUUAAUCUCCGCACGGAACGCGGAUAGCCUUGUCGCCUACAUCUGCCAGUCCAUGUUCAUUAUCCUCCCUCCGUCUCUUUACGCUGCCACAAUCUACAUGACUUACGGUCGGAUUGUCACAUUUGUCGGUCAGCCUCAUCUAUCCAUCGUGGCACCUCGCAAAGUGACCAAGAUAUUCGUUUCGGGAGACACUACUGCCUUCCUCCUGCAACUAGGUGGCGGCGGUAUGCAGACUAUCAAUAGUAUGCGCAACAUUGGACAAAAAGUUCUAAUUGUUGGACUGAUCGUUCAACUAAUAUUCUUCGGAUUCUUCCUCUACGUCUCUGUUGCCUUCCAGCGUCGAAUGCGCAAGGCUAAUCUCAACAUGAUCGGUGGUCCAUGGCGUCGUCUUCUACAUAUCUUGUUCCUUGUAUCUGCACUGGUCAUCGGGCGAUGCGUAUUUAGGAUUAUUGAGUACGUCGGCGGAACAGAUGGAUAUGUGUACUCGCAUGAGGUUUAUAUGUAUAUUUUCGAUGCGAUUCCGAUGUUCGUUGUACAGUCAGUUUUCCACUUUAUUCACCCGGGCAAAAUCCUGGUGGGCAAGGGCCCUGUCGUUGAUGACUAUGUGAACCUCCAAGAUGUGUGA